AUGUCGAACAUCGUCUCGAAUAAUGCGCUUCUAAUCGUACUGUGGAUAACAAAUCCUUUGAAGCUAUUCUUAUACUAUGUCAUUCUCGCUAUAUACAACGUCUACUUCCACCCGCUUCGAAAGUUUCCAGGCCCCAAAUUGAGAGCUGCGUCGGACUGGCCGUAUGUUGCUUCCCUACUACGAGGCACCUCGCCGCAAGACAUGCUAGAAAUGCACAAGAAAUAUGGUCGAGUGGUGCGCGUAGCGCCCAACGAACUCACAUUUGUUAGCCCUGCAGCUUGGACGGAAAUUUAUGGGCAGAAAAGACGCGGUCAGGAGGAGCUCGUAAAGGAUGAGAAGUAUUAUUCAGGAAUGGGCGAACCAACACUACUGCAUUCAAACCAGGAACAGCAUGCUCAUCUCCGGAAACUGCUAGCGCAUGGUUUCUCUAAUUCAUCGUUGCAAAAGCAGGAAGCUAUAAUCCAAAAGUAUCUUGAUGUCCUAAUGAAUACCCUCAGACACCAUUGUCAAGACGGGCGGUCUGUCGUGGAUCUCAAAGACUGGGUCAAUUUUUUUGUGUUCGAUGUGAUUGCAUAUUUGACAUACGGACAGUCAUUCAAUUGUCUUGAGACGCGCAACGUGCACUCGUGGAUCGAGCUAGUCCCUAAGCUCGCCAGAUUCAUGGCUCUAAUGCAAGCAGCACAGCGGCUACCAAUCUUCGUCAAACCUCUAUUCUUGCUUUACGGUAUCAGUACUAAUCUGCGGUCGAAUGUGAGAACCAUUCAAGCAAUCAGCAAGGAAAAAGUCGAUUACCGCCUGAACUCACGACCACUGGUCCCAGACUUUAUGGAAAAGCUAAUUGACGAAUAUAAAGAAGGCAGAAUGACCAUGUACCAACUCGACUCUAACGCUUCUUUCCUCAUGGCAGCAGGAAGUGAAACACUAGCGACAGUUCUCACACAUGCAGUCUUCCAGCUUCUAACAAAUCCGAGGACGCUAGAGAAGCUUACCGCAGAGAUCCGCACUAAAUUCACAUGCGCAGCAGAGAUAAAUAUGUCCAGCGUCAAUGAGUGCAAAUACCUACUAGGCUGUAUCGAAGAGACUAUGAGGAUUCAAGCGCCUUCGCCCGCCACGCAUCCUCGAUACACAAAUGCUACCGGCGCAGUGAUCGAUGGGUUCCAGGUGCCGGGGAAUGUAGCAGUUGGAAUUCCCAUUUACGCGGCGUGCAAAAGUGCCCUCAACUUCUACGAUGCGGAGAGCUAUAUUCCCGAGAGAUGGACAGGAGAAGAUCCGCUCUACAAUCACGACCUUAGGGAAGCUGCGCGAAUAUUUUCACUUGGACCCCGGGACUGCCUUGGGCGGAACUUGGCAUAUGCGGAGCUCAAAUUGGUGAUUGCACGAUUGGUGUGGCACUUCGACUUGGAAGCAUGUUUCGACUCGAACUGGUCAGAUCAAAAGGUCUAUAUGGUUUGGGAGAAACCACCUUUCAUGGUAAAACUGGCGCCGGUGCAGGGCAGCUGGGCAACCUAA